GAACGUCCCAUCUCCAAAGCCUUAUUUCACCAUGACUAUCACUACAAUCACUCCUAUGACCAAAGGUCCCACAGACCGGCCAGGUUGUGAGGUGAAGAAUAUCAUGGUUACUGGAGGAGCAGGAUUCAUUGGAUCUUGGAUGUGCCAUCACCUUGUUCAUCAAUAUGGAGAACAGUAUAGCGUUGUCUGCCUUGAUAAGCUGAGCAAUGUGUCUACCUUGAACAAUCUAAAGUCGGUUCUGGACAGACCCAACUUUCACUUUGUCCAAGGCAAUCUCCAUGACAAGGAACGCCUGAUCAAGAUUAUGGACGAGUACAACAUCGAUAGCGUCAUACACUUUGCAGCAGAGUCCAGUGUUCAGAAGUCAUUUAGCGAUCCUGCUGCUUUUGUGGACAUGAAUGUGUGUGCGACGUUUCGGUUACUGGAAGCAAUGAACGCCCAUGGAAAAAUUACAAGAUUUGUACAUGCCUCGACUGAUGAGGUGUAUGGGGAAACAUGGGGGGUCAGUGUGGACGAAGACACGCGUAUGAACCCUACCAAUCCUUAUGCCGCUAGCAAAGCUGCAGCCGAAAUGUUCGUCAUGGCCUAUCGAAAGAGCUUUGGUAUUCCCGGCAUGAUUCUACGGUGUAACAACAUUUAUGGACCCUGUCAAUACCCCGAGAAGCUCAUCCCCAAAUUUGCUGUGCUUGCCAGGGACGGCCAGAAGUUGACAAUCCAAGGCAACGGCAGCCGUACUAGGAAUUUCGUUCAUGUCGCUGAUGUAAUUGCUGCAUAUGAUAUGGUUCUUCAUAAAGGCGUUCCCGGGGGUGUUUAUAACGUCAGCUCAUCAGACGAAGUAUCAGUGCGUGAUGUCGCGAUUGGAGUUUUGAGAGAAUUUGGACAUGACAAAAGGGGAGAACUUGAUAAAUUCAUUGUUUCUAUUCCAGAUAGGCCAUACAACGACAAUGACUAUGUUGUCAAGGGUGACAGGCUCAAGGAACUCGGAUGGUCUCAAAGCGUCUGCUUCAAGGAAGGACUAGCCGACACGGUCCAGUGGUAUCGGGAGAAUGGGGACAAUUGGUGGAAGGAGGCACUCGGCAAUCAAAUCAGCGUGUGA